AUGGAGCAUACCAACGAGAUCAUGGCCAACGCGGUUUCGCUGACGCCGGAUAUGAGUGUGCUGGACCUGGGAUGCGGCUACGGCUCCACUGCCCGAUAUCUGGCGGCGAACUUCGGUUGCGCGGUGACCGGCACCAACAUCAGUGAGAAGGAACUGGAACUGGCCCGCUCGCGUGCCACCCAGGCCGGCCUGGAUCACCUGUUGUCCUUUGAGUACGGGGAUUUUCACCGCCUCGCCUACCCCGACGACUCCUAUGACGUGGUCUGGAGCCAGGAAGCCUUUCUGCACGCUGUGGACAAGAAUGCAGUCCUUUCGGAAUGCCGGCGCGUCGUCAAGCCCGGCGGCAGCCUUGUCUUCACGGAUAUCCUGGUGCGCCGAAGCACUCCGGAAGCGGACCGGGAGAAGAUAUAUGACCGGGUCAAGUCGCCCGAUAUGUGGGAUCUGCAAGAUUACCGGCAGGCAUUGUUCCAAUUGGAACUGCCCGUGACCAGGGAGGAGGACUGGUCCCGGCACGUCGGUCGCUCCUAUGCCUGGGUGCGCGACCGUCUCCUGGAAAACCGGGAAGCCCUGGCUCCCCGCAUCGGUUACGAUACCAUCGACCGCACCGUGGAAGCGCUGUCUUUCUGGGUUGACUCGGCCAACGCCGGCAAUAUUGGCUGGGCGCUUUUCGUGGCAACGAAACCUUCCUGA